AUGGAGAGUACCGUUGCCUUGUUGAAGACUUCUCCGGUUCGAGUCAGUGAUCAGGUUGACGAUUCCACCGUGUACUUUCAUCGUCUUUUUUGGACCUUUCCUCCUUGUGUUGAAGCCUUCCGACAUUGCAAGCCUUUGGUCAGCAUAGACGGUACUCAUCUGUAUGGCAAGUAUGGUGGGAUGUUGCUCCUGGCCAUCGCGCAAGACGAAAACUCCAACAUCAUGCCAAUUGCCUUUAGUCUCGUUGAAGGGGAAAAUGCGGAGUCAUUGUCUUUCUUCCUGACCAACCUGCGGCAACAUGUGACUCCGCAAGAGGGGAUACUAGUCAUCUUGGAUAGGCACAACGGCAUCAAGGCUGCACUUGAGGUACCUGACAGUGGGUGGUUACCCCCUCAUGCGUAUCAAGCAUUUUGCAUUCGACAUGUUGCAGCUAACUUCUCACUUAGUUUCAAGGGCACGGAUGCAAAGCAUUUACUUGUGAACGCUGCUUAUGCGAAGACUGAGGCAGAGUUUGACUAUUGGUUUGAUAUCAUGCGGACUGAGAAUCCGGCGAUGUGUGACUGGGCGAACAGAAUAGAGUACGAUAAUUGGACUCAGCACCAGAAUAGUGGCAGACGAUUCGGUCACAUGACGACCAAUAUAUCUGAGUGUGUUAAUUUUGUAUUAAAGGGUACAAGAAAUCUUCCAGUAACCGCCCUGGUUAAGUCGACAUAUGGUCGGCUUGCGGAGUUUUUUGUGAUUCGAGGUCAGACGGCAGAGGCUCAGUUGGUCCCUGGUGCCCAGUUUUGCCAGUCUUAA